AAAGCUGUGUUGCAAUUGAGUGUCCACGAUGAGAGAAUCAGAAAGAAAGCGUUUGUGACCGUCUCUCGAUCUCAAGGGGUUACUUCGAUAACAAUGGAAGACAAAACAGGGAAAAUGACAGUAGUUGGAGAAGUUGAUACACCGGUUCUCGUGAUGAAGCUAAGGAAACUGUGUAAUGCAGAAAUCGUUUCGGUUGAAGUUGUUAAACCACCUGAGAAAAAGCCUGAACCAGCGAAACCGGCUCCAGCUAAACCUGAUACGGCUAAACCAGCUGAAAUUGUUGCUUUUCCAGUUACGGAUAUGAACUACCCGUACCAAUAUUAUUCGUCCUAUGCGAAUUCGCACUAUCAGCCAUACGGGAAUUCUAGAGUUGUGGUGGAAGAACCAAAUACUUGUGUGCUUAUGUGAUUUAACUAGCUAGAAUUAUUUUAAGUAAUGUUAGUUGUGUAAUACUUAGGUUUGAUGGGAGUGUUUUUUUUUUUUGUGGUAUUUUGUAAUGUACAUUACUCGCGUGAGCUCAUUCAAGGGAAACAAAUCAUUUAUAUGUGUGAUAAA